AUGAGCUCGAUUAGAUUAGGUGAUACCAGUUCAGAAGAUUCCAAUAUCGUGACAUAUUUCCAAACAUUUGAACAUUACAACUCAAUUGUAAAUUCCAAAAAACAUUUGUUCCAAACAUUGUCCAAAAUUGAUAUGAUUAUAAAAGAUGGUAUAGACCUUAAGAGUACGCAAAUAGUGAAGAACUUAAACGAUAUAUAUAAUUUGAUUGGGAUAUCGGUAAGUAUAGUGGAGACUAAUGAACUGUUGUUUGAAGAUUUCAAAGAUUAUUUCAUGGUUUUGUGCAACAGAUUAUUGAUUAAAUUGUUUGUAGGACACACCUUUAAUAUGUUCUACAACUUAACUAAUGAAUAUAUUGAUUUCAUAUGGCAGGUCCAAAGGCUUUUGAAGACAAUUUUCACUUUCAGUUUUACUAAUACAGAUGACCCAAAACUCAUGGAUUAUAAGUUCCCUGUAGGUGCUGAGGUGGUAAUCAAUAUCUUAAAAUUUCUUCAAUUACCCUUAUUCAAAUAUAUGAGAUCAGAAAUGGAUCAUUUCAUUUAUGAGACCAUUGACUCCCAUAUAGCCAGGCCAAAUGAAUUCUUUCGAGGUAAAAUCAAACGAGGUUAUUUAAUUAACCAAGAAAUCGAACUUCUUGACCAAUCACUACUACUAAUAUUGGAAAACUGUGACUUAAACACCAAGUUAUUACAAUAUUUUCACAAUACCUUGACCAACAAACCAACCCAUUUCUCCUAUGAAGUUUAUGAACGGAACUUCAACGUCAUUGAUCGAAGAUUGGAGAAUUUAGAACGUUCUAAACAGAACGAACUGUUGUUCACUAUUGCCAAUACCAUAAAAACCCUCAUAUCCAACGCUAUAGUUAAAACAAUGUCAACUAUAUCUUCCAAUCGUGGUUUCCUUCAUCAUUCAAAGACAACUGAUACGGUUCAGAUACGUCCAAAUGGUGACGGAAACCAAGAGAUAGUAUCUUUCAAAGCACCGAAUUGGGUUAAUUAUAUUCAAUUUCAAGAUAUUGGAACCCAGCAGAACUCAGAUUAUAAACACCCUUCACCACAAUCCACAUCAAGUGAAACUUACCUUAUGGAUCUCGAAGCUCAUAGAGGUUUCCGUCAAAAACUAAAACAUCUUUUCUGGAAUAAUCACAUCAAAUAA